AUGAUCAAAGCAUUCUUAUGGAUCUCAUUGGCGUUUGCCAUUCAAGUAGUUCAACCGGCUAAAGUACUUGUCUUACCAAGUACGAUUUAUCCAGUUCAUCCGUAUACGAUGAAGCAUUUGGUUGAUGAAUUGGCAAAAGUUGGACAUGAAGUAACUUGGGUCGAACAUGGACCUGUCCAGAGCAACGUCAGCUUGGCAAAGAAUGUCAGAAGUAUAUUCUGGAAAGUUGAUUACGACAAUCAUCAUUUGCAUGAGAUUCUCGUGGAGAAGGACCAUCUCGUCAACAAAAUGUUGUGGGAAGCCGAUUUCCAUGCUCGAACCGAACAAACAACCGGCUGGAUCGCCGGAAUUCGGUUGUGUGAUAAUCUUCUGAAGAAACACAAAGACGAUUUUCAAAGAAUAGCCGAUGAGAAGUUCGAUGUUGUUAUUGUGGACGAUUUAUAUAAUCCUUGUGGGAUCUUACAAGCAGCACUGAAAGGAGCUGUCUACAUCUACUGGAGUAUGACAUCGAUGAGAGCUGAAUCAGCAUGGGCAAAUCAAAGUCCAAAUCCUCCGAGUUAUCUUCCCGUACACGGAACAAUGCUGACGGAAGAUAUGACGUUCACUGACAGAGUCUACAACUUGGCAUACUACUUACGAGCUUUAUAUAUUCAUCAACACAUCAUCCAUCCUCGAAUUGAUGCUGUAUUCCAAAAACAUUACCCUGGAAUUGAUAGUGCCUUUGAUAUUGAGAGAAAUGCUUCGAUUAACUUCGUUAAUACUCCUCCUAUUUUCGAUUUUGCCAGACCUUAUAUGCCACGAGUCAAUUUCGUUGGAGGAUUACAUUGUCAUAAACCUAAGCCAUUGACUGGAGAAUUAGCGAAAUUCGUCGAAAGUGCCAAUGAUAAUGAAGGAUUUAUUGUUAUUUCGGUUGGAUUCACUGGGAAUUGGGAUCAAGCUCCAGCCAAUGUGAAGUCCAUUUUCACGGAAGCUAUGCGUAAUCAUCCAAAAACCAAAUUCGUCUGGCAGUUCAAUGCUUCUCCGGAAUCCAUUCUUCAACCUUCGAAUGUGUUUAUUGCUCCCUGGUUACCUCUGCAAGAUCUAUUGGGACAUCCCAAAUGCAAAGCUCAUAUCACUCAUGGAGGUUUGAAUAGUGUAAUUGAGUCUGUUUAUCAUGGAGUUCCUGUGCUUGGUAUUCCAUUGACCGUCGCAGGACAUGAUAAUGUAUUGAGAAUAACACAUCGUGACGCUGGUAUCCUUCUCACCAAAUAUCAACUGGAUGAAUAUUCUUUAACGAAAUCAAUUGGCAGCAUUCAAAAGCAGAAAUACAAAGAUGAGAUGCUCGUCUUUCAAGAUAUGGUUCGUGAUGUGCCUUACACAGAGUUACACAAUGCUGCUUUCUGGGUCGGCUUCAUCGAACGCCAUCAAGAGGUUCCACAUGCUCGAAGUGGCGCAGACCAACUGAACAUCAUUCAAUAUUUCAUGAUUGACAUAAUAGCUUUCCUCAUCUCCAUUGCUGUUGUUGUGACGUCCCUGUUACUUUUCAUUUUACGAACAGCUUACCGAAUUCUUGUGUGGUUUGGUAGAAGCUCAUUCAAGUUGUUGGGACCUCUAUUUUUCUACUUUCUGCAGCUGCAAGACCGCAUGUUUUGCAAGCCUAAUCUGAGUUGGGGACGGCCUUUUGGCAGUCCCAAUGCUUUAGCUUGA